AUGAAACUCCCGCCGAUUAUCCUCGAGAACAGUGACGCGCUGAAAAAAUACAUUGAAAAUGCUACAGACCCAGCAACCAGCAAUCCGGCACUGCCAGCCGCCAUGAUCCAUAUAGUCGACGCACAGAACAAGGUCAUAUUCUCCCAUGGCGCCAGUCCCUCGAAGCCCCCGACAUCAGAAUCCAUCGCUAUCAUCCAGUCCUUGACCAAAAUCAUCGGCGCAGUAGCAUACAUGCAGCUCGUGGAGCGCGGGCUCGCCAGUCUCGACGACCCUAGCACCAUCACCACGCACCUCCCCGAGCUCGCGGCAAAGCAAGUUCUAACCGGCUACACUGUCGACCCCGAGACGGGAAAAAAGCACUGGCAGCUUGAAGACAGGAAAGGCGACAUCACCGCACGCAUGCUGCUAACGCACACAUACGGCGGCGGUCACACAUACUUUAACCAAUUGCUAUACGACUACGUCCGCGAUCUCGGCGACGGCGUAUGGGAAAAAGCAAACGAAGCUACAGAUCCAUAUGGAGUUCUCCUCGCAAGCCCUCUACUCUGGCACCCGGGCACGCACACAAACUACGGGCAGGGCCUCGACUGGGUAGCCGUGCUGAUCGAGCGCAUCAGCGGGACCUCGCUGGACGGCUACCUCGAAGAGAACAUUUUCCAGCCGCUCGGCCUCCGGGAAAUCGGGACGGAACCUGCUUUUGGCGGUACGGUGACGGCGCGGGCUGAGAAUAAGGGCAAGUUCUGGCCGAGGCAGAUGCGGAGCGAGGGCAAUGCCUUUGUCACUAUCGAUGCUGCGGAACCCGACGUGGUAAGGCGGAGCGAAGCGUUUCCAACUGGAAAGCAUCACGCAGGGUGUUUAGGCACGGGGCUGGUAGCUAGUCCACGCGACUACGCAAGCCUAGUUACUGCGCUUUUGCCGCAGAAUAACGGCGUGCAUCCUGCGAGCAGCCACCGGCUUCUGUCGCCAGAAUCCGUCGCGGAAAUCACAAAGCCGCAGCUUUCAGAUGGUCUGAGGAACGACUCGAGGAGCCUGCCUGCCUCGGAUGCCGCGCCGAUUCUCCUGCCGGUCGACUUGUCCGUGCCGCAUCUGGAUCCUGAGGGGAGCUAUGGGUUUGGGUGCGGUGUCCAGGGUGCUCAGCGGCGGCUGAAGAGUGGCAAGAGGGGGAGGAGCAAGGGAACAGUGUAUUGGUAUGGUGCGCCCAACUGUGAUGCGUGGAUUGAUGUCGAGAAGAGCAUUGUCGUGGCGGUUUGGGGGAGUUACUAUCCGUGGAAUGAUGCGGCGUGGAUAGAGUUUGUGGCGGGCGUCGAGGAGCUGAUAUAUGAGGGGUUGAGCGAGUAG